AUGCUAGGUGCAAGCUCGGUUAUGCUCGGUCUUCGACCCUCGUCAAGAUUGUUCUUCCGCAACAACUUUUCGCUUUUAACAUCAAGGACUUCGGUAUCACAUACAGGAAAACUCCAGCGUAUAAUGAUACCAAAAAAAGUUCCAAAUUUGGUAAGCUGUGGUAUAGUCCUUCAACAAGUUAUACCGAAAAGAUUUUUUUCCCAAACACCUACGAUGAAGUCGAGGUGGAAGCCUAUUUUCAACGAAGAGACUACCAACCGGUAUGUGCGUUUGAACAGGUUUCAGCAGUACCAGCAACAGAGGAAUGAUGGUAGUUCACUAGGCUCUACGACUAUACUGGGGCUUUCGCUGAUGGUGGGAAUUUAUUUUGUUUCCCCCUAUUUGUUCGAGAACGUUCCACCUUUCACGUACUUUAAGGAGCAUCCAAAGAAUUUGGUCUACGCAUUGUUAGGAAUCAAUGUUGCUGUAUUUGGGCUAUGGCAGCUACCUAAAUGCUGGAAAUUUUUACAGAAGUACAUGCUAUUGCAAAAGGAUCAUUUAAUUAGCAAAAUCUCCAUAAUCGGAAGUGCAUUCUCCCAUCAAGAAUUCUGGCACUUAGGUAUGAACAUGCUGGCAUUAUGGUCCUUUGGUACUUCACUCUCAACGAUGUUGGGCGCAUCUAAUUUUUUCUCCUUAUACAUGAAUAGCGCCAUUGCGGGGUCUCUGUUUUCGCUAUGGUAUCCAAAAUUGGCACGUCUAGCUAUUGUUGGACCCAGCUUGGGUGCUAGUGGGGCCUUAUUUGGAGUCUUGGGUUGCUUUUCAUAUCUAUUCCCCCAUGCUAAAAUACUACUGUUUGUUUUCCCAGUUCCGGGCGGGGCUUGGGUGGCAUUCUUGGCUUCGGUAGCAUGGAACGCAGCUGGUUGUGCAUUGAGAUGGGGAUCAUUUGACUAUGCUGCACAUCUAGGUGGUUCUAUGAUGGGCGUCUUGUAUGGAUGGUAUAUUAGUAAAGCUGUAGAGAAACAAAGACAACAUCGUCUCCAGAGUGCUGGUAGAUGGUUUUAA